AUGUCUCGAAUUGACAAGCUUUCGAUAUCUGGUGUGCGGUCGUUCAGUCCUGGCGCACGAGAGGCGAUCCAGUUUUACAGCCCGCUCACCCUCAUUGUCGGAUAUAACGGGUCUGGUAAAACGACCAUCAUUGAAUGUUUAAAGUAUGCUACGACAGGAGAGCUGCCGCCCAACAGUAAGGGUGGCGCCUUUAUUCAUGACCCAAAGUUGUGCGGAGAGAAAGAAGUGCUUGCUCAGGUCAAGCUUCAGUUCCGAUCGAUAAAUGACCGACAACAUGUUGCGACCAGAAGUAUUCAACUCACUGCGAAGAAAACGACUCGCUCACAAAAGACACUCGAUUGUUCACUCGUUGUAGUCAACAAUGGGGAACGAACCACCACAUCGACUAGACAGGCUCAGCUGGAUGAGAUGAUACCGGAGCGACUUGGUGUUUCUCGAGCAAUCCUAGACGCUGUUAUUUUCUGUCACCAGGAUGAAUCCCUGUGGCCCCUCAGCGAGCCCGCAGCGUUGAAAAAACGAUUCGACGAAAUAUUCGAGGCUUUGAAAUACACCAAGGCGAUAGACAACCUGAAAGUCAUCAGAAAGAAGCAUGUCGAAGAACUGGGCAAGCUGCAGAACGAUGAAGCACACAAUAAACUCAGCAAAGACCGAGGACAGCGGGCUGAGAAGACGAUGCGAAGCUUGCAGGAUGAAAUAGAGGCCGCACGACAGAAAUGUGAGGAAAUCUCAGCCGAAAUGGAAGAGACACAGGAGAGAAUACGUGACAAGCACGAGCAAGCCAAUAGUUUCCUGCAAAUCGUCCAAUCCCUUGGCAACAAGCGAGAGCAGCUGGAAUACCGCCAGGAUGCUGUGAACGAGCUGAAACAGACCAUCGAUGAAUUACACGAGGACGACAGAGCUCUCGAAGACUCCUUGGGUCAAUACGAUGAAAGUAUGCAACAUUUGCAACAAGAAGCAGAGCAGAACAAACAUCAGUAUAACGAGCUGCAGAAGGAGCUGGCCGAGUCACAGAAGCAGUUGAACGCUAAACUGGCCGAGCAAGGAAGGCACCAAUCUGACAAGGACAAGUACGAGCGACAACUCCAGACACGAGUCGAGUUGAUUCACGAAACUGCUGACAAAUACAACUUCCGCGGUUUUGACGAGGACUUAAGCGAACAGCAGGUGAAGGCGUUUAAUGACCGUCUACAGAAGCUGUUGGAAGAGAAGAAGCGAGACCUCGGACGCCUGCAGAAAGACAACUCAACCGACUUGGACAAGGCCACGAACGUGAUCACGCAACUUGAGGGCCGCAAGGCUGCCAAAACGCAAGAUCGUGUUUCAGCCAAACAGCGCAUGAGUGCAAUCGAUAAACGCGUCACGGUACUCCAAAACGAAUCGAGUGCUAUUAGCGUGGACGAAGGCGCCAAAGCUCUUCUUGAUGGGCAGUUGGAGGAGUUGGGUGGUAGGCUCACACGGCUGCACCAAGAAACAGAGCAAGCAAAUUGGGACAGUCGAAUAACCGAGGAAAAUGAGAAGCAGUGGCAGCUCGAAGCGGAAACUGAAAAGCUUGGACGUGAGCUUAUUGAAUGUACCCGCUUGGCAUCUGAGCGUGCACAGCUGGAUUAUCGCAAAAAGGAGCUUGCAGAUCGCAAGCGCAAGUUGGAGACGCUCACGAAUACCUGGAAACCCAAGCUCUCUAAUGCUGUUGGUAGUGACUGGGAGCCGGACACAUUGGAAUCCCAAUUUCAAGCCGUGGUUAAACAACAGACAAGGAGCGUAGAAGACGCCCGAAAACACCGCGAGCAAUCAAGGCAUAAGCAACAAAAAGUUGAAUACCGUCUCAAGAACGCCAAAGACGCCCUGGAGCAGAAAACACAAGAGAGCGCCAAGUGUAAGCGUGAUGUGACAGAUGCUCUGACAAUUGUGCGCGACAACGCGAUCAUUGAGGACUAUAGCGAGGAAGUCAGUGCCUUGGAGAGUAAUGUGGAAGAGCUUCGAAACGAGCUGAGCCUUUUCGAUGCUCUCGUCGACUACUACAAAAAAUGCAAACGCAUGCUCGAGACCAAAAAGAAGUGUCUUUUAUGCGAUCGAAGCUUUGAGGAAAGCCAACGUGCUAGUAUCGACCGCCUCCAAGCGAAGAUUGAGAAAAGUCUCAAUCCCAACGGCAAAGUUGAGACGGAGAAGGAUCUCAAAGAGGCGUCGGAUAGUCUGGAGAAACUCCGAUCAGUGCGAUCAUCUUACGAUACCCACGAAAGGCUCACCCAGGAGCUUCCUGGGCUUCGUGAAGAGGUCAAGUCUAUCGAGAGCGAAUUUGAUACUUUGGAGAGACAAUUAGAGGAACAAGAAGCCAAUUUGGCCACAGAGGAGGAAAAGCAGCGAGACUUGGAUGACCUUUCAAGGACAGUUCUGAACAUCUCACAGGUCGUCAAAGAUAUCAAAGACUCUGAGAAUCAGGUUGAUCGCAUCACUUCCCAGCAAGCAUCCGGUGGUGUGGCGAGGAGUGCGGAGGAGAUCCACGAGCUCCAAGCAAGCGUUGGCGAACAGCUGAGAGGUGUCAAGGGCCGAGUAGCUACCCUCACAACAGACAGACAGCGGGUCAGAGACCACAUCAGCUCCUUGGAGCUUGAGAGAAGUGAAUUGAGGAACCAGAUCAAUUCUGCUUCUGGACAACUCGAGCGGAAGAAGGAUAUCCAAACACAAAUACAAUCCUUGAAAGAUGAUCACCUUCAACAGCGGGAGAUCAUCCAACGAGCCGAUGCUGACCUGGAAACCAUCGAACCAGAGAUGGCCGAAGCCAAAUCAGCACGCGAUGAGACUCUCAGACAAGGGCGUGCCAAAGAACAAGUUGUAGUGGGCCAGCGAGAUGAAGUUUCUAGUUCAAUCAGCGAGUUGCGAAUGGUUGACAGUGACAUCCAGGGUUAUAUUGAUCGCGGUGGUCCUGGAAACCUCGCAUCCAACCAACGCGCCAUUGCCAGUCUAGAGUCGGCCAUCAGCGGCUCCAAGAAAGAGGUGGAUAAUGUCACCAAGAGGGCUAAUAAGCUACGAGAGGAUAUCGACAAUGGUGAUCGGAAGAGAAAGAAUAUUUCUGAUAAUAUUAAUUACCGGAAGCAUCUCCGAGCCCUUGACACUCUUCGGGAAGAGAUCAAAAACUUGGAGCACCGGAAUGCGCACGAAGAUUAUGAACGCCUCCAGGGAGAUGCGCGACAGCUUGAAAACCGUUCAAAUCGACUUGUUGCAGAGCGUGGGUCCGUCAUGGGCACCAUGAAAACCAAGGACGAGGAACUCGGUCGACUGCUCGAGGAAUGGGAGACGUUUUACAAGGAUGCCAAGCACAAAUACAGGGAAUCUCACAUCCGUGUCGAGACUACCAAGGCGGCGAUCGAAGAUCUGGCACAGUUUGGGUCUGCUGUUGACAAAGCAGUCAUGCAAUUCCACUCAAUGAAGAUGGCUGAAGUCAACCGGAUUGCUGGUGAGCUGUGGCAGAGCACAUACCAAGGUACCGACAUUGAUACAAUCCUCAUCCGCUCGGACAACGAGUCCACGACAGGGAAACGCAACUACAAUUAUCGGCUCUGCAUGGUGAAACAGGAUACAGAGAUGGACAUGCGUGGCCGCUGCUCUGCAGGUCAAAAGGUCCUUGCCAGUAUCAUCAUCCGCCUGGCGCUGGCCGAGUCGUUUGGUGUCAACUGCGGCCUCAUCGCUCUCGACGAGCCGACGACCAAUCUUGAUCGGGACAACAUCAAAUCCCUGGCAGAGAGUCUGCACAAGAUUAUUCAAACCCGGCAGGCACAGAGCAACUUCCAGCUCAUUGUCAUCACCCACGACGAGGACUUCCUCAGACACAUGCGGUGCAGCGACUUCUGCGACAGCUUCUUCCGGGUCAAGAGAGACGAACGGCAGAACAGCGUCAUUUCGAGGGAGAGCAUCACCAAGAUUUUCUAA